AUGAACGGCUCGGAAAAUAAUCAAUCAGAAUCAAAGUCUUCACCUGAGGGGCAGGAAGAUUUCGACGAUUUCGAAGAGGAAACAGAAGAUUCAAUGUCUGACAGUACAGAGAGAGAAGAUAAUUCCGACUCUGAAUUUGCAGACGAUGAAGAUGGAGAUACAGGUGGCGAAGGAGAGAAAAUUGAAAAUUCAGUGACUGUUAAGGAAGAGGCAGUGGAAUCUCCGAUGGUUGCUGAUAGAAGCAACGGAAGCUCUGUGGCAGCACUUGAUCAAGGCUCCCUCGUGGAAACCAAGCCAAACAUCAAAGUGGAACAAGGUCCAAUUGAAGCUGCACAGCCAGCCAGUGGAGGUAAUGAAGAAAAUCAGGCAGAUACAAAACCCAACAUCAAAAUUGAGCCUGGUUCAAUUGAAGCUGCACAGCCAGCCAGUGGAGGUAAUGAAGAAAAUCAGGCAGAUACAAAACCCAACAUCAAAAUUGAGCCUGUCCCAGUUAAAGCUGAGGCCGAUGGGGAUGGUGUGGGCCAGGCAGGCUACACCAUGGAAAGAAAACCAAACAUAAAACAGGAACACGAUCUCGGAGAAGAUUAUCUCGGAAAGGAGCCUGCUUCUCAGGGUCCUGCCAUCAAGGAUGAAGAUGUUGGGAUGGAAUCCGAGCCAGGAAACGGACCAAACGAUGGACCAGCAAUUAAAGAAGAAGGAGGUCCAAUUGAAGCUGCACAGCCAGCCAGUGGAGAUAAUGAAGAAAAUCGGGCAGAUACAAAACCCAACAUCAAAAUUGAGCCUGCCAACGGUGGGAACAACAACAACAACAACAACAACAACAACAACAACAACAUCAACUGGAUUCCCAUGCAAGAGAUUACCGUGGUGGCACACCGCGCCAACGGCCCUGGAGUGGUAGGGGCUCUCCUUGUACCACAAGGACCUGGUGAGUAA